AAAGCAUAUUAGCUCGAUUAAUGAAGUUGGUGGGCAUUCCUUCAUCCUAACGACAAGUAAGAACCCGAAGAGUCUUCUACUAAAUUUAGAUUCAAUUGUUCCUAAAUAAGAACAUGAUAGGAUAUUUAUUUGCUUUAUUGUUAUAUUUACCCGAAUCCUUCCUAACAUAAGAAUAGGAUAUUUAUGAAGUAAGUGAACUGACUGGCGAACAAUUACUUGAGAAUCUUUUAUGUCCUUUUUCUGGGUGUGAAACUGUGAUGAGUAUAGUGCAUGAACCAUAAGCAUGUUAGAUCCAGGUGGUGAAUUAGUGGCACCACAGUCUUCACCUACCAACUCUUCCAUCUCCUCCUCUGAUCUUGACACUCAGUCUACUGGAUCAUUCUUCCAUGACAGAAGCACCACACUAGGCACUCUCAUGGGGCUCACCUUCAGAGCCACACCUCAGAACACGGACUCACCUUCCGCCACUGCCACCGCCGUGGAAACCUCUCGGAGGGCUGUCAAGUCAAAGAGGAAUACGAAUCCCAACGCGGCAGAUUUCGUGGUUGCCAAGCGCCGGAGGAGGUGGUGGCAAUUUUGCAGUGACGGCGAUUCAAGGUCGGCUUCGCUGGGUGAGUUUCUGGAAGUUGAAAGGCGUUUCGGCGAUGCUGCUUUUUAUGAUACGGCUGCGGAGUUGGAAGGAUUGGUGGUGGAUUCACCGCAACAGAGGAACAGCGGGAGGGCGUUGUUUGCAGACGGGAGAAUUCUUCCACCGUCCGUUGUUGGUGAAAGAUCGUCCACCGCGGGAAGUCUUUGUAGUAGAUUUCCGGUUUCGCUUACCGGGAUCUGUAGCAGUGGUGGUGGAUGAGAUAAAGUUUGAUUUUUUAUUUUAAAUAAAAUUAAAGAAACAGAAAAAUUACUGUAUUUAUUUUUUUGUUAAUUGAAAUUUGCUGGGCUCUUGGUUUGAUUAAAUAUCAUGAAAUUAUUUAAGUA